GCUUUCUACGGACGAACGGCGUUCGGCAGCGAACAUGGCGCCUCCCGCACGGUACUGCGUCCCCGGAGAGCGGCUGUGCAGCGCGGAGGAGGCCACGGCUGGCAGCGGGACUUACACCCGGCAUGGCUUCAUCUUCUCGUCGCUGGCUGGCUGCCUGGAGAAGAGGAGCGAGGAGAGCGGGCUGCCUGUCGUGUCGGUGGUGAGAGAUGCUGAGUCCCAGCUCCUGCCCGACGUGGGGGCCGUAGUGACGUGCAAGGUUUGCAGCAUUAACUCUCGUUUUGCCAAGGUGCACAUCCUGUACGUCGGCCCCACACCACUGAAAUCCACCUUCCGGGGGACCAUACGGAGAGAAGAUAUCCGAGCCACAGAGAAAGAUAAGGUAGAAGUGUACAAGAGUUUCCGUCCCGGUGACAUAGUCCUGGCCAAAGUUAUCUCCCUGGGGGACGCGCAGUCCAACUACCUGCUGAGCACGGCAGAGAAUGAGCUGGGCGUGGUGGUGGCACGCAGCGAGGCAGGGGUGCAGAUGGUGCCCAUCAGCUGGUGCGAGAUGCAGUGUCCGCGGACGCACACCAAGGACUUCCGUAAGGUGGCUCGUGUGCAGCCCCAGUUCCUGCAGACCUAGCGGCCCCCCUCCACGCAGACUGUCACAGCCAGACAGGCCCUCACUCGCAGGAUGGAUUUUCUAUUUCUGGAUAAUAAAUAUUUUUUGAGA